CACAAGGUACGUAUCAACAAAUAAAUGAGAUGGUAGAUUUCACUUUCGUAGUAAUCUUCGUGUAGCUCGGUCGAGGUGUUGAGUUGGUGGCUGCUCUGGAUUGUUAGUCAGUUUUUCUGUUAGAGUAACAAAACAAAAGAAUCAUCAUGUCCGACGAUAAAAAAGCCAAGGCCGCUACCUCAAGCGUACUUACAAAAUUCACCCAAAAUCAAAUCCAGGAAAUGAAAGAGGCUUUCACAAUGAUAGAUCAAAACAGAGACGGUCUCAUUGAUGUUAGUGAUCUCAAGGAAAUGUAUUCAAAUUUAGGCUCUAUACCAGGCGAUACCGUCUUGGAGGCGAUGGUAAAAGAGGCGCCAGGAAACCAGUUAAAUUUCACCGCUUUCUUAAGUAUAUUUAGCGACAAGCUAAGCGGUACCGAUCCAGAAGAAACCCUGAGACAAGCUUUCCAAAUGUUCGACGCUGACAACACUGGUUAUAUCCCAGAAGAAUACAUGAAGGAUUUACUAGAAAAUAUGGGUGAUAACUUCACAAAAGAUGAGAUUAGACAGACCUGGAAGGAAGCCCCAAUCAGUGGCGGAAAGGUCGACUAUAAUGCAUUCGUAGCUAAAAUCAAGGGUAAGGAACAGGAAGAUGCAUAGACAACACGUGAUCAUGGGCAGCCAAUCAACAUUUAACACCAAGUUACCACCCCUUUUUGUGUGACUCUGACAGUGCACAUUACCCAUUUAGAGAUAAUUUCAUCGACCAAUAAAACGGCUACACGAAACUCAUAAAGAGUCACGUGUUAAAGGGGUGGAACUACUUUUCUUCGUCAACAAACUCAUUUACAACCGUGUCAAUACUUAAGUUAACCGGGCCAAAGAGCGCAAUCAUUCCAGUACCGCAAAAUUAUAAGGAGAAAAAGAAACGAAGGACGAUAGACCCUUCAGACCGGAGUAUUCUAACCAGCGACUGAAAAUUCGGCGCCAUUCAUUGUGUUCAGUUACAUGCCGUGUAAAAACACGCGUUGGAAAAAAACAAACACAUUACAGCGAUAGAGUGUCGCUAUGGAGAUAUGGAUUAUGCAGAUGGACAGUCGAUUGGGAAAGUGAUUUGGCAACACCUCGUCAAUAAAUCGGUUUGAAGCUGAUAAUUACUCCCUGCUGACAGUUGUUGUACAACCUCUGUGGGCAAUUGUUACUUUAUCUGUUGGCCCGGUUUGCUUUGGUAACUCGAGACGCAUACAUACACACAAGAUGCCAUUGCCGAAUAUAGAUUCCCGGCUCUGGUUCCCGUUUACCUGUGGAGAAACCGCCUACGCGGUUUGGUUACGUGUUCUGGUUCCCAUCACAGGUAACUUCUCACAGGUAAUCGAUAAACACAGAGUCGAGAUCGCGCGCAGAAUGUGAUGUACACAGUGGUUAUUUAUAGAUCCUGACAAAUAUACGAAACUACCAUGUGUUUUUACUCAGAAAUAAUACUACCUAUGUUAACUUACUUAUACCUCUGAAAAUUCACGUAACUUUGUAUAUUGAUGAUUGAUAUGAAUGAUAGGAUGCACACAUGGUACUUGUGAUACUCUUAGCAAAUACCUAGCAAAGUUACUACACUCUUGAUGUGUUAUAUAAGAAAAUGUAUUUGUAGUUAUUUACAAAAAUAUGUAUAGAUGAGUAUUAAUAAUUUAAUCGAGCGAUGCAAAUGCGCAUGUUCCUGUCGUUUCAUGUCGAUAUUUCUUGAUUAAUUUGUAUUUAUUGAUGAUUUUAAUUUAUAAAUUUUGUAAUGUUUAUCUUCUUUAUUUACCAAAGACUAUCUCACGUGAUAGUCUCCUUGCUAUCUGCAGUAGACAAGUACUUGACUCUACAACGGUUACGAUACUCACUCGAGUUAUCAAAUCGAAUACAACCUUACACGCGAGUCCCGCUGUUAAAGCCGUUCGAAGCCAUCUUGGCGGCAAUAUAUAUAUUGAAUGUUAAUUGUUAUAAAUGCAUAAAAGUCUAAGGUUGUUUUCAUUUGAUAGAAGCUGGUGACGUAUAUCUGUGGGCUGAGUUCGAUAUGUGGACACCUAUGUGGUGUAGCGCGUUAUCGAAUUCGGACAUCUAUAUAUAUGACGUCACUCAGAGUGCGUAUCACUUCCGGACCUUACUCCCAGAGUGGAUUGUUCCUGUGUAUAUUUAUUUAAUAAAACCUCUGUGCACAGACAAAAA